UUAAAGAUUUAAAAAAAAAAAAAAAGAGAGAGAAACAACCACCGUCCGUUUCAUACGCUUCCAUCUACACACUUGACUUCUCCGCAGAUAGAUUCCUCCAAAUCUCCACUUCAAUGGCGGAUUCAUCUCCUCAAAGCGCCACUCCUUCUCCUGCCCUUCAAUCACCAACCUCUGAACCAGCACCACCACCACCACCUCCUUGCUCGGUCUUUUCUUCUCUCAAGGGCCUGAACAGGCCGAAACUCCGGGUCACAUCUGAAUUCGACAGUGAUAGUCUCCUCUUCUUUAACAAAGUGUCUUGUAAGAUCUUUGAUAACCUCGCCAAGCUUAAGCUAUCGUUUCACAACAACGCUCAGCGAGAGGUUUCUCAGCCUCAGGUGUCUUUCACUUCCAAGUACGUUUCUGUUCUCUAUGAUGUCGAGGAGAAGAAUGCUUUUGUUAAGAGUACCGUUGAUGUUUCCCCGCGUCUUCAGCUCCGAGCUCUUCAUAAUGUUAAGGCGCAACAAGGAGAGGUUGCUAUGGAGGCAAAUCUAGCUGAACCUGGCUAUUCUCUCGAGCUUUCAUCACCUGUUCCUAUUGGCUACCCAAGAGCGACUCUUAAGUUCCCCCUUGGCGAAGUUUCAGUACAAGAGAAAGAAGUGGAGGAGGAGGAGAAGAGCAAGAGGAUAGUAUCUGUUAACGGAGUCCUCAAACGUCAAGCUAUGAAUGGUGUUUGUUCCGCUCUAUACACAGAUGAAGAGUUGAGGCUAAGAUAUGCUUAUAAGGAUGAAGCAUUGUCUUUCAUCCCAACCAUCUCCCUUCCUUCCAAUGCUGUUUCAUUUGCAUUCAAGCGCCAGUUUAGCCCCUCAGAUAAGUUGAGCUACUGGUACAACUUUGAUUCAAACAUGUGGAGUGCAGUGUACAAACGCACAUAUGGUAAAGACUACAAGUUCAAAGCUGGCUAUGAUUCUGAUGUACGCCUUGGCUGGGCAUCUCUAUGGGUUGGGGAUGAAGAUGGAAAAGUGAAAACGACGCCAAUGAAGAUGAAAGUGCAGUUCAUGCUCCAAGUUCCACAAGAUGACAUCAAAACCUCAGUCUUGAUGUUCCGAGUCAAGAAAAGAUGGGACCUUUGAUUGAAUAAUCUUUGAAUCACAUAAUCUCAAUUUACUUCUCUCUGUAAAACCCAUAAGUUGACUUCUCUCUCCUCUUUAUAUAUUGAUGAUCUUUUGCAAAGUUGCACGAAGACACGUUGACACGUGUAAGGGUAUAAUAGGUGUGAAACUAUAUAGCAUUGGACUUAACAGCUACAAUGAGAAUAUUCUCCGAUUAAAAGUUUGUUUGUUUUUA